CACUCUGACAGCCAUGCGGUCCUCUGUGUCUCGGCAGAUGUACUCCACCAAAGGGGGCUUCAGCUCCAACUCUGCCAGUGGAGGCAGUGGGUCCAGGGCCCAUACCAGCUUCAGCUCAGUGACGGUGUCCCGGAGCAGUGGUGGGGGGCUCCGCUCUGGCCCUAGCAUGGGUGGCUUUGGCAGCCGGAGCCUUUAUAACUUGGGGGGCAACAAGAGCAUCUCGGUCAGUGUGGCUGGAGGGGCCUCUUCAGGGCGAACCAUAGGAGGCUUUGGCCAUGGCAGUGGGGCCUACAUGGGCCUGGGGGCUGGAAGGCAGACAAUGGGGCCUGUCUGUCCUCCUGGCGGCAUCCAGGAGGUCACUGUCAACCAGAGCCUGCUGACCCCCCUCAAUGUGGAGAUAGACCCGGAGAUCCAGCGGGUGCGCACCCAGGAGCGGGAGCAGAUCAAGACCCUCAACAACAAGUUCGCCUCCUUCAUCGACAAGGUGCGGUUCCUGGAGCAGCAGAAUAAGGUAUUGGAGACCAAGUGGGCGCUGCUGCAGGAACAGAGCCAGAAUUCAGGUGUCACAAGAAACAACCUGGAGCCCCUGUUUGAGACCUAUACUGGCAACCUGCGUAGGCAGCUGGAUAACCUCCAGGGAGAGCAGGGAAGGCUGGACUCGGAGCUGAGGAACAUGCAAGAUCUCGUUGAGGACUUCAAGAACAAGUAUGAGGAUGAAAUCAACAAACGCACUGCCGCUGAGAACGAGUUUGUGGUACUCAAGAAGGAUGUGGAUGCUGCAUACAUGGGCCGAAUGGAUCUGCAUGGCAAAGUGGGCACCUUGACCGAGGAACUUGACUUCCUGAAUCAUCUCUAUGAAAUGGAGCUGAGCCAAGUGCAGACCCAUGUGUCUGACACCAACAUUGUCCUCUCCAUGGACAACAACCGCAACCUGGACCUGGACAGCAUCAUUGCUGAAGUCAAGGCCCAGUACGAGCUGAUUGCCCAGAGAAGCAGGGCUGAGGCCGAGGCCUGGUACCAGACCAAGUAUGAGGAGCUGCAGGUGUCAGCUGGGAAGCAUGGGGACAACCUGCGGGAUACCAAGAACGAGAUUGCUGAGCUUACCCGCACUGUCCAGAGGUUGCAGGGUGAGGUGGAUGCAGCAAAGAAGCAGUGCCAGCAGCUGCAGACGGCCAUCGUAGAUGCAGAGCAGCGCGGGAACCUGGCGUUAAAGGAUGCUCAGAAGAAGCUUGGAGACUUGGACACAGCCUUGCUCCAGGCCAAGGAAGACCUGGCCCGGCUAUUGCGUGACUACCAGGCCCUCAUGAACGUCAAGCUGGCCCUGGACGUGGAGAUUGCCACUUACCGCAAGCUGCUAGAGAGCGAGGAGAGCAGGAUGUCUGGAGAAUGUCCCAGUGCUGUCAGCAUUUCGAUGACUGGCAACUCCACCACUGUGUGCGGAGGCGGUGCGGCUGGCUUCGGGGGUGGCAUCUCCCUGGGUGGGAGUGGGGUCACUGGCAAAGGCGGCUUCAGCACUAGUGUGGGCUACAGCACGGUUAAGGGAGGACCCGUCUCUGCUGGCACCUCCAUCCUGCGGAAGACUACCACGGUCAAGUCAUCCAGUCGGAGGUAUUAGCUGCUGAGCUUUGCAAGCUGGGGCCCCUGCUGUCCUCUCCC